AUGGGAAAAGGUGGACAUAAUACACUUGUUGAAAGUAGUCAUGAUGAACAAAUAGAUUCAACAUCACCUCAUCGAUUACCAACAUUAUCGGAAAUAAAAGUAAAAAUACCAUCACAUUGUUUUCGUCCCACCGUUCGAGAAUCGAUGACCUAUGUUGCUAAAGAUAUUGUUUAUGUUGCAUUGACAUUUUUUGUAAUGUAUCAAAUUCAAAAAAUGUUUACAUAUGGUUUCAUGUUUUUCCCUGUUUAUUGGUAUAUACAAGGUACACUUUAUACAUCACUGUUUGUACUUGGACAUGAUUGUGGACAUGGAAGUUUUAGUUUUUAUCCAUUAUUAAACAAUAUUGUUGGAACGAUCUUACACACUUGGAUUUUAGCACCAUAUUAUACAUGGAAGGUUACCCAUAAUAAACAUCAUAAAAACACGUGUAAUAUUGAUAAAGAUGAAGUUUUUUAUCCUCAACAAGGUGAAGCUCAUGAAGAUUCGCUUAUGGAUGAUAUAUUUUUUUGGUUUCCCGGUGUUGGUUGGUUCUAUUAUUUAAUAAAGGGCUACUCACCAAGAACAGUCAAUCAUUUUAAUCCAUUUGAUCCAAUGUUUUAUAAUAAACAUUUCUUCGGUGUUUGCUCAUCACUCGCUUUAUAUCUCGGAAUGUGUUAUUUGAUGUUUGUUUAUGCCAUGACAUAUGGAUUUAUUAACUUACUCGCUUAUCAUCUUAUACCGGUGUUUAUCUUUGCAUCUUAUAUGGUCAUUAUAACUUUGUUACAUCAUACCGAAAUUGACGUACCAUGGUAUACAGAUUCAGAAUGGAAUAAUGUAAAAGGACAAUUAUCAACUGUUGAUCGUCACUAUGGUCAUGCACAUUCAAUAAUACACUCAAUUGGUACACAUCAGAUCCAUCAUCUUUUUACUAAAGUACCACAUUAUCAUUUAGAAGAAGCAACAGCACAUUUUCGCAAAGCAUUUCCUGAUUUAGUUCGUUAUAAUGAAGAGCCAGUCUUAUUUGCUUUUGCACGUAUGUGCAAGAUCUUUCUUAAACAACGUAGCUUUCAAGGUGACUCAAACGGAGAUCGUAUGUGGAAUUUUGCUAUUGGUAUUUAUUUUAUUUCUUUAAACCCAACUAAUCUGCAAGGUGUAGCUAUAAAUGGUAUUGCACUUAACGUAGUUGUUAUUUUAUUUGCUACUGCUAUUGGAAAUUGGAUUGAUCGUAAUCCUCGUCUAUCAUCUCUUCGAAAAAUAUUAUUUUUUCAAAAUUUAUCUGUUGCUUCAAUGGCAGUUUUAGUUGUAUAUGCUUUAUACAAUCAAUCUACUAUUCCAGCAAAUUGGAUGAUUAUAAUUCAAGGAUUUUUAAUUGGUAUUGGUAUGAUAGCACAAUUAUCGAGUGUUGCAUGUAAAGUAUCAAUAUCAAGAGAUUGGAUUGUUGCAUUAUAUGGUUCUGAUCGACAAAAUUUAGCUAAUACGAAUGCUACACUUCGUCGAAUUGAUCUACUUAGUGGUGUAUUAGCACCUAUUUUAACAGGUGCUGUUAUGGCAUUUACAUCUCGAUGGAUAAGUGCUGUACUAAUUGCUGGUUGGAAUGUUGUUUCACUUGGUUUUGAACUCUUCUUAUAUACACGAGUCUAUCAUUCAGCUAUCGAUGUAUUAUCUCAUAAAACUUCCAGUGAAAAAUCAACCGAAUCCAAGAAAAACGAAGGAAUAUCGAAGUUUUGUCCAUCGUUUCAAGGCCUAAAAACAUAUACAUCUUUAUCAGUUUGUUUACCGGGACUUUCACUUGCAUUACUUUAUAUGACUGUUUUAAGUUUUGAUUCUGUAACACGAGCUUAUGUAAUUGAACAAGGUUUAUCAGAAGUUCUUUUGGGUUUAUUGAAUGCAUUAGGAUCAAUUGUUGGCAUUAUUGGUACAUUUAUUUAUCCAAUUUUUGUUAAACGUACAGGUCUUGUACGUACAGGUGUUAUUGGUUUUUGGUCAGAAUUUUCGAUGUUAAUUCUUUGUUUAUUAUCUCUAUUUGUUCAUGGUACAUCAUUUACACCAUUUAAACGAUUUACAAUUGGUUCCUGUCAUUUAUAUGAAAUGUCUAAUAAAGAUAGUACAAUAAAUAUAAAACCAUUUGAAUGUUCAAAUUCGAAAUUUUCCGUUCUUUUACUUGUCAUUGGUAUUACACUCAAUCGAUUUGGAUUAUGGAUUGCAGAUUUAACUGUGACUCAGUUACAACAAGAACGUGUUCCAGAAAAUAUUCGUGGUCGUAUAGGCGGUACUCAACAUUCACUUAAUCAAUUUUUCGAUAUGCUUCGUUAUACACUUAUUAUUCUUUUACCACGAAUGUCACAAUUUGGUUAUCAUAUUUGUUCAUCUGUUUUAUCUGUAUUUCUAGCAUCAUUUAUCUAUACAAUAUGGUCAUGUUCAUCUGCAUCCCAACUUGUUCCGCCAGCUACUGAUAUUGAAAUGAGUGAAACAAAUGCUAAUUCAGUCCAACAACGUGAAGCUGAUCAAAUUGAAAUGAUAGAUCCUGUUGAUAAUAAUAGUGAUAAUAAAAAUGACAGUUAA